CAUAAGUGGACGUCGUCUCGGUUGCCGCAGUGAGUGCGAGGAAGCCAACACGAGGAAGUCGACCAAGCUUCGUUCCCGAAGGCGGUGUUCCGAGAUUUUUCGAAACCAAGAGUAUCAUUGCAGCAGUAGAUUCGGGUCGGCGGUGCAGUAGUCGUGCGAGUUAAUCGAAUUGUCGUCGUUGUUGGUCGCAUCCAGAUCGGAAGCGUCGGGCUUCGAUCAAGAGCGAUCUUGGUGCGCGACGUAGAAUGAGGAUAUUCGUCAUAGUCGUGUGUAAAUUGGCCAUUCUGACGUACUGUGGACGAACAACAGUGAGGAGUGAAAGUGAUUCGGUGCAGACGACUCAGGUGGUGGAUAGGUUGGAAAAUUUGAACAGUCUGUAUGGGGCGAAGCGAAACAUCGACGAAGCGGAACGCAAUAAGGUCAACUACGAUGUUUACGUAACGCCGGUUAUGUCCCGGUACGCGAAGUUGCGGUCCAGGAAUCCGUUGCUGUCGUGGCUGGCGAAUGUGCUGAACUUUGGCGGUGGCCAGUCGGAAACGGGCUCGGAUGCGGCAGCCAAACCGGUGGAAUGUCCAAAGUGCACAUGUGGCGUCUCGCUGGUAACCUCCCGAAUCAUCGGCGGUGUCAAAGCGGACAUCAGCGAGUUUCCCUGGAUGGCAAUGCUUCACUACCGGGGAACAUUCUACUGCGGUGGUUCUCUCAUCAGCGAUCGUUACGUUCUGACGGCAGCGCACUGUGUCCUCAAUUUCAAAGCGAAUCAAAUCACGGUCAAACUGUACGACACGAGCGUGGCCAGGAUGGUUUCGAAGGCGGUGGAAAAGCUCUACGGGAACACUCGCUUCAAUUUGGAUAGCUUCAACAACGAUAUCGCACUGGUAAAGCUACAGAGCACGGUAAAUGUGAAAGAUGAUUACGUGACGUUGUGCUUGCCGAGUCCGGGGAAAAGCUUUUCCGGAAUGGACGGGACCGUUACCGGGUGGGGUAAGCUAUCGAAUGGGAGCCUAUCGAAUGCGCUGCAACAGGUGAAGGUGCCGAUCAUGACCAACCAGCAGUGCAAGAAGAGUGCCUACCGACCAUCACGGAUCACCGAUAAUAUGAUGUGUGCUGGCUUCCCGGAGGGUGGUCAAGAUGCUUGUCAAGGUGACAGUGGCGGACCGCUGCAGGUAGGAGAUGCCAGUUUCCGAGAGAUUGUUGGCAUCGUUUCAUGGGGAGAAGGUUGUGCCAAGCCCAACUAUCCCGGAGUGUACACCCGGGUCAAUCGAUAUCUGCAAUGGAUCAAGACUAAUGCAAAAGAUGCUUGCCUGUGUGAGCCACCGGCGUAAUUACCUGGCUUUAGUAGCUUGCCAAUGACGACAUGGUCGUAGUUUUAUUGUUACUGUUAUUUAGUGCUAUUGUUAGGGCAAUAUUGCGAAAUGUAGAAGCUAAGUAAUUUCCUAGAAUGUCAAUAAAUUAUCUUUAUUGAAUGCA